AUGAAGGAGGAGGCAGGGCCCCAGCCUGGAGAUGCAGGUCUCCACAGGAAGCAUCUGGAGGAUCAGCUGAAACUGGACACCAUGAAUGCUCAAGAUGACAAGGUGUUCCUCAGGCUGGAACAGAAGUAUGGGAAGCUGUGUCAGUACUACCUGGAGCAGAGCAACUGCAUCAUUCAGAACAUCCCAGGAUUCUGGGUCACUUGCCUCUUAGAACCACCCACUGUCUAAGAUGUAGAGAUGUUAAAGUAUGUAACCAGUUUAGAGGUGAAGGAGCUCAGACACCCUAGGACAGGUUACACGUUCAAAUUUUUCUGUGGAAGAAACCCCUACUUCAGAAACAAGCUGAUUGCCAAGGAGGAUGAGGUCAGAUCCUCUGCAGUGUCUCUUUUCACUCCAAUCAUACGGCACCAAGGUCAUGAACCAGUUUCAUUGACAGAAACCAAAAAUGUCAUCCACAGCUUCAGCUGAUUUCCAGAACACAGCCUUCCAGAAUCCAACAGGAUUGCUGAGAUCAUAAAAGAGGCCCUCUGGCCAAAUUCACCACCUGUGUGCAGGGGCUCACAGGGCAAGAUGAGGCCGAUAAGAGAGCCAUUGGAGAUACCCAGGCCCUUUAGGUACCAAACUGGUUAA